AUGCUAUCGCCUCCAACGAACCAUGUGGUACAUGGAACAACGCAUUGUUGUUGUUCAUCUGGGAAAACUAUUUCCCUAGUACUGUUCGGUGUAGCAGCUAUCUACCUAGGUUAUUCAUUCGUUCCUAUUGCAGCAAGUCGAGGAUAUUUUAUCGAUGUUAUCGAAGUUCAACGAGACAAAACAGCAUCUCCCCUUCAUCGAACUCUUGGUUUCAUCCGGUGCAAUAAACUUCAACGUGAGGAUAUCUCGCUGAUGGAAAAAUAUCGGCCGUUCUUUGCUGAAUUGCAUUAUUCUAUGCCGAAUUAUACUGCUGAAAUUAACUAUACUGCAGAUGGAGUCGUCUCUGAAAAAACACCGUACUAUGCAGUGAGUGAAGUAAUGAAAAUCAUUUUGCGGCAGUAUCCAGCUAUUGAUGGCUUAUUCUAUUUUAAUUUCGAGGCAUGGAUACGACCUUUCAGAUUUGAUGAUAUGAAUCCUGAGAGAAUCUGGUUUCCUGUUACCACAAAAAUACCUUUUAUUUGCAUACCAGUCACAACAGUGCCACAAUGGGAUCUAGGACUUCUUCAUUCCGCCAAGCAAGUCAAAAAUGAAACAGCAAAAACAUAUCCUAAUCGAUUCGUGAUGGAUGACAGUAUAUUCUGCCGAUCUUGGGCAGAUAUCUAUUAUAUACCUCGACGUUUUUUUAAUGAUUUCAUUGAUUUGACUAAGAUUUCCUACACAGCUGGCCUGCAUCAGGAAACAGCCGUCCCGACAAUGAUCAAUAUUAUCGAUCUUACCCGUCGACUAACGCCCUUUCAUACAGUAGUUGAUCCUCUGGCAGAUUGCUGGGGUCAUUGUUGUCAAAGUGACACAGUACCAGCGAAUCUUGUCGAAAGACGAUGCGGUCAUAAGAUCGAUCUAUCCAAUGUUACUCUUCGUAAAUCAUUUUCCGACGUAUUAGAUUUAGAGAUUGCUUUUCUUAAACGGAUUUCACCAAAUAAAUCAAAAUGA